AAACGCUCAAAGGUUUAACGGCCCAACAGUGCUGGCGGCCGAGAUCAGCGAUGAGCGAGGUGCCAUUGGUAUUGGCCGUGUUGAUAACAGAAGUUCCAUGAUAUCUGCUUAUCAAUCUACCAGUAACCCUUUCUUGCGGCCAUCUUCUGGUUGAAUUGAGGCCUUUCUCUUGAUCAUUUGAAUACCUCAAGGUUUGAAUGCUCGUUUCAUCUCAAGCAAGCCUUUUUCUCCCUCUAACUGACAGCGAACCAUGGCAUCAAUGUCGGAGACUAUGCCUCUCCCGGAACCAAAGGACCUUACCCACCACCUCUCUAGAACCACCAAGAACCGCAAGUCGUCAAACAUCAAGAAGUUCUACAAAUUCUUCGAGAUCCCUGGAAUUGGCCAGCUUGCAGGCGGACUCCCGAAUCCGUCUUAUUUCCCUUACGAUACAUUUGAGGCAACAGUAGCUCAUGCGAACCGAUGGCAACCGAUGGACGGAACGGCGGCUGAGGAUAUAAACCCACAAAAGACGACUGUGAAAGCGUCAAGGAGCUCGUCUGACGAACCGUCGAUACUGCCGGCAUCUCGCCUCCUCGUGCCGAGAACUGACGACGCAGACGUCAGCCGGAAGAUCGACUUGACGACUGCACUUCAAUAUGGUACCGCAGAAGGAUAUCCGGCUCUACAUUCGUUCAUUCGGGAGUUCACACGAGAGCAUCUGCAUUCGCACAUUCCGUACGCAGGAGGGCCGGAAGUGAUCCUAACAUGUGGAUCCACGGACGGUUUCUCAAAAGCGAUUCAAUGUUUCAAUAACGAAUGGGAUGGGGCCCAUGAUCCGAUUGAGGAGAAGGAAGGGUUAUUGGUGGAAGAAUAUGCAUAUAUGAAUGCGAUUCAGACGGCAGAACCGAGGGGGAUGAAUGUCGUGCCGGUGGCGAUUGACAAUGAGGGGAUGGUGGCAGAGGGGAAAGGAGGGCUGAGAGAGGUGUUGGAGAAUUGGGAUUUGAAGAAGGGGAAAAUGCCGCAUUUGAUGUAUACGGUCACUAUCGGCCAGAAUCCCACCAGCGGAACCCUCGGUGUUCCGCGUCGAAAGCAACUCUACGCCCUCUGCCAGCAAUACGACAUCAUUAUCAUUGAAGACGAGCCCUACUGGUAUCUUCAAUAUCCAUCUUCUUACCCUCCAGACCCCGCCUUUUCCCGACAUGAUGCACGGAUCAGCGAUUCACGGCCGCCUUUCCUCCGCUCUCUUGUCCCCUCCUACCUCACCAUCGACACUGACGGCCGCGUCGUCCGGCUCGAUACGUUUUCCAAAACCGUUGCCCCCGGAUGCCGUCUCGGAUGGAUCACCGCGCAACCCGCUCUCGUCGAGCGGAUCCUCAGAAUCACCGAAACCUCGACGCAGCAGCCCAGCGGCUUUGUGCAGAGCAUGAUCGCCGAGCUAAUCAUGGGGCCAUCCCAAGCAUCCUCCGCGUCCGGCCCUCGAACCACCGACCACAAGCCUCAUUCAACGGGCUGGUUUUCUCGCGCCCAGGCGCAAGACUCGGGCGAGGAAAAGCAAGCCGUCGGCUGGCAGUUCGACGGCUGGAUCCGCUGGCUGGAAGGCCUACGCGGCGAAUAUGAGCGCCGGAUGUCCGAAAUGUGCGACGUUCUCUCCUCGGGCCGACAUGUCCUCAAGCACGGGCGGCGCCUCUCUCUUGAAACCUCCAUCGGCACCGAGGACUGGGCCGUCGUAGAGAAAGUCGCUACAUUUAACUUCAUGCGGCCGCUUGGUGGCAUGUUCAUCUGGUUGCGGUUCGCGUUCGAGACGCACCCGUUAUUUACCAACCGAGGGCGGGAGGGAAAGUUCACCGGGGAAAAGCUGAGUAAGGCAUUGUGGGUGUAUUGGAUGCAAGACCCGUUCAAGGUCCUGUUGAGCCCCGGCCAGAUAUUCGCGGCGAGCGAGGAGGUGUUGGUGGAGGAUGCGUGGAAAUGCUAUCGGGUGUGUUUCGCGGCAAUUGAAAAGGAAGAGGUGAAGAAAAUUAGCGAGAGGCUGGUGAAAGGGGUGCACAAAUUUUGGAGGAUCAAAGAUCCGAAGGAGGUGGAAGGUCUUCUGAAAGAGGUGGACAUGGCGGAUGUGGGGGAGCUGGGGGGCAUGAUGAGUUUGAUGGGGAUGUGCUAGGUGAGUGGACCUAAGACGGACGAAAUUGAUGGCACGACGCACUUGACGUACGCCCCCCGACAUUCAUAAACCGGGAAGAUAUACAGGCUUAUCUGACUAGAAGGUACAAUCGGCAGAUAUGAGGUCUUGCCUCUACUCUAGCAAGGUAAGGUCCAAUAUGGGGAGCAGCUUUGGUUUUUCUCAACCCUGGGGGGGUAUACUUUAAGUUCAUUGGUUUCGUCCAGUGGAAUUGAUAUGGCCCAGAGAGAGGAGAGUAUAGUUACGAUAGAGUUAUGGAUUUCAAUGUACUUGACGAUACUAAUGGAAUAGAAUUCACCUUCGAC